AUGCUUGCUCGGAUCGUGCGCGUGCGCGCCGCGGUGCGCCCUGGCGUGCGCUGCAGCUCGACGCAUGUGCAAAAGGCUGCGGAGCACCAGCCGUCUACAGAAAAGCAGUCCACCGCGGCUCCUGAGCCGAGCGCGAUGCAAAAGGCGCUCCCGAUCCUCUUUUCCAAGAUGGAUCUGCAAAAGUUUCCGCGCCUGUUGGCUGCGCGCGACGACGUCCUCGACGGGAGCGCCGCGACGACCGCGCGCAAGGGGCCGGAUGCGCAGAACGGGUUUGGAUCGAGCGUGUCGGUGUACAACGACGGCGAGCGCCACUUUCCCACGCCGCCGCCUGCGGUGCAAAACGUGAUGCGCGCCAGCGGCGGCGCGGGCGACGAGGUGAACUCGGAGAGCUAUCUGAGCUCGGUCACGCCACUCACAGCACAAGAAGUGCAGCAGCUGCACCGCUACAAUAUCACGCUCAAGCGUGUCGUCAAUAUGACCGGAAAGGGCCGCGUCGCGAGCUGGUACUCGCUCGUCGUCGCAGGCAACGGCCGCGGCCUCGUCGGCUAUGGCGAGGGCAAGGACACGAACGCGGGACGUGCCAACAAGAAGGCUUUCCACGCCGCGGCAAAGAAUAUGGACAUGGUCGCCGUGCACCGCGCCAAGAGCGGCGCGAAUACCGUCGAGACGAGCGUCGAGGGACGCUGGGGCGCGACGCGCGUCGUCAUCCGGCCGCGCCCGGCGGGCUUUGGUCUGCGUGUGCCAAACGUCAUUCACCCCAUCGCGCGUGCAGCGGGAUACACGGACCUGAGUGCAGCCGUGUACGGCUCGGCGAAUGCGAUGAACGUCGUCAAAGCCGCGCUGCAGGUGCUGUGGGGCGGCAGCGCACCGAUGGGGAUGGGCGGCGGCGUGCGUGGCCCGAUGCGCCGCGAAAACAAAAAGCAGGGCGCGCGCAGCCGCCGCGAUAUGGAGCUGAGCCGCGGUCGCCGGUUGGAGGAGCUCGAUAUGGACCGGUAG